UCAUCUAAGCCACAGUCUAAGAGCAAAACCUCAACUUCUAAAGAAGUUCUCCAACCACUAGAGCCCAGGCACCCGGGAGCACCAGCAGGGCCAUUAACAUGAGCUAUAGCCUGGCAGGGCACAGCACUGGCACAUGACACCACAUACACAUAUGUGCUGCUGCAACUAACGACACGUGUGCUGGUGCCCACUGCAGCUCUGCCAUUCAUCCCACUCUCACUUCUGCUUUGAUUUAUUUUUUGCAAAAAUAAUUUAUAUAUAUAUAUCUUAUUUUAUUUUAUUUUUUUUUCAUUUUAUUUUAUUAUUAUUAUUAUUAUUUCAUUUUUUUUUUUUUUUUGGCUGUUGUUGUUUCAUCCUACUGGGUUGUUUGUAUAUAUAUAUAUAUAUAUAUUCACAUUUAUUUUUUCUUAUUUUCUAUAUAUUUUUUUAUUUUCUAUAUAUAUAUAUUUUUUAUUUUUUAUUUUUGGUCGAGAGGAUUGUUAUGAAGACUUUGCCUUGAAGAGAGCAAUCUAAACCAUGGAAGGAUCCAGUUUUGGGAUAGACACGAUAUUGUCCAAUGCUGGUUCUGGCAGCCCUGGCAUGUUGAAUGGAGGAGACUUUGGCCGGGAUGGUGGUAGCAGCAGAGAUUUUAGGAACCAGGGACCCCUCUCUCCUGGUUCGGAGAUAGACACUGUGGGAAGUUCGCCUUCAUCUCCUAUCUCAGUGACCAUGGAGCCGGCAGAUCAGCACCGGCUGGUGGACAGCGCACACCUCCACCACCUUCACCUCGGCCACCAGCAGGCUGCCCCUCAGCAGCAGUCUCCGUCUCAGCAGGGCACUGCCCCCAGGACUUCCACCUCUUCCUUCCUAAUAAAAGACAUUUUGGGAGAUAGCAAACCUCUGGCUGCUUGUGCCCCGUACAGCACCAGCGUGCCCUCUCCUCACCACACGCCCAAGCACGAGGGCAAUGGGGCAUCAGAAAGUUUUCGACCCAAACUAGAACAGGAGAUGCAGGAUGGCAAAGGCAAAGGAGAGAAGAUGAGAGACGACCUGCAUUCAGAUAUCAUGAAAGGGCACGGUCCAAAGGAGGAAGGAGACCGGGAGAUCUCCAGCAGCCGGGAGAGUCCCCCUGUAAGGUCCAAGAAGCCCAGGAAGGCGAGGACAGCUUUCUCCGACCACCAGCUCAACCAGCUAGAGAGAAGCUUCGAGAGACAGAAGUAUCUGAGUGUACAGGACCGAAUGGACCUGGCUGCGGCCCUGAACCUCACAGACACCCAAGUCAAGACCUGGUACCAGAACAGGAGGACAAAGUGGAAGCGUCAGACCGCAGUGGGGCUGGAGCUGUUGGCUGAGGCCGGGAAUUAUUCGGCCCUGCAGAGGAUGUUCCCCUCCCCAUAUUUCUAUCACCCCAGUCUGCUGAGCAGUAUGGACAGCACAACCGCAGCGGCCGCCGCAGCCGCAAUGUACAGCAGUAUGUACAGGACUCCACCCGCACCCCACCCUCAGCUGCAGAGACCCCUGGUCCCCAGGGUGCUCAUCCAUGGUCUGGGUCCUGGGGGACAACCAGCGCUUAACCCUUUGGGUAACCCCAUCCCUGGCACCCCACACACGCGGUGAAGUCGCACCUCUUUUGUACGUUUUUCUUAUCUACAGCACUAUCACACCCCACAAGGACAAAAACUGACGGAGGUGACCCGAAAUAAUAGGGACACAUGUGGGGGGGGGGGCAGAUUAUGGGCACCCCCCCCCCCCCCC